AUGAGAGAGCUUCGUCUUGCCAAUGAUGUCAGUGGAUUUGAUUCGACUAACAAACAAGUGAUGGGUCCCAUCGCUGCUCUUCGCAAAGGUGAAGACCUUUACACCGUGCUGGUCUCUCAAAGUGACUAUGCACCUGCCCAGCAGAUUUCUUCUGAUACCAAGCACAAAGCUAUGCUAUCCCAAAUGGCUGCCAUGGUGGCUAAAGAAUUGAAGACCACACUUACUCAGGACAGGUCUGCAGGUGGCGGCAGCGGUGGUGGCAGUGGGAGCAGCAGUAUCAAGUGUUGGACAUGUGGAGGUGACCACAUGCAACGUGAUUGCCCCAAGUCUGGCAGCAGCUCUGGAUCUAGCGGCAGUAACAGUUCCACUGGUCGUGGCAUUGCCAAACAUGGACUGGAUGAGGCCACUAUUGCAAAAGGAGCUAAUCGAGUUGCAUAUGUUCCCGCUAGUGGUGCUGAAUCACCCCCUGCUGCUGUUGUACCACCACCCCCAGUGGACACAGGGGUCACUGCUGGAGGAAAUCUUUGUGGUGCUGUUCGAUUUGCUGAUGCUCCAGUUAUUGAUCCACAGGAGUUCAUGCAACGGGAUGAAGUCAACUAUGAUAUGGGCAGUAUCCCAGUUGUCGACCAUCACUUGGCUGAAGCUUUGGAGGAAGACGACGAGUUUUCCUUCCUGUCUCUGCUUUUAAAAGGAUACGGCAGGUAG